AUGUAAAACUAGAAAUAUUAAAUCACUUAAAGAUCAAAUCUAGUUAUCAAAGAUUAGGUUAAUGAGUUUGAGUGUCCAAUAUGUUUAGAUACUCUAUUCUAACCAGUCACCUAUGAUUGCCAGGUACACACAGUUUGUUUAGAUUGUGUAACCAAACUUUAAAAGUGUCCUUUGUGUAGAAAGAGCAUAUCAUUUGUUAAGCCAAAUCUGGAACUGAGAAAGAUUCUAAAUACUUUUCAAUGUAAAUGUCCUUAAGGUUGUGGGUAGAUUUCUUAUGAAUAUUUAUAUUCUCAUAAAAUUAAUUGCACUUCUUAAUCAGAUGCUUAAAAGGAAAUAGCUAAAUCUUUGAUGUAAAUCAAGGAUGAAAUGAUCAAAGUGUUUGAAAUUGAGAUAAAUCCACAUUUAAAGUAAAUGCAUGCUCAAAUUUUUGAUGAUUUCUUAACUGGUUGGGAUUGGCUUCCUUAUAAACAAGAUGAUUGGAAAUGGUGGUGGUGGUGCAAUACUGCAUGGUGGAAUAAUUAGAUAUGUUAGAUAUGUAAUAAUUUAUGGCAUAAGUAUGAAGAUGAAAUUGAAGUGUAUGAAAAAAAUAGAUUAAUAUUCUUGGAUUAAAUAUGA